ACCGACCAGGAAGAAGAGCGAGAGCACAGAGAGCAGCGCGCUGCGGAGGAAACAGCUCGGCUCCUCGACCUCCUCCACCUCCUCCUUGUCUCUGAGGACGUCCUUCACGACCCAAACCCAGACCCGGACCCGGACCGUGUCCGGUUAUUUUUGAAGACCGAGGUGACACCUCUCUCUGAGGACACGUCUGUGAGGACAAUGAAGGUGUCCACGCUGCAGCUGCUCAGCUGUCCUGUCCUCCUGCUGCUCCUGCUGCUCCUGCAGCUGCAGCAGCUCCAGGUCUCCUGUGUGCCUGCAGCACAGACUCACUCUCAGGAGCCCAGGCUGCUGUUUGUGGAGCAGCUCAGUCGCUCACAGCUCGGCUUUAACUGGAGGAAUGUCACCUGUCCGCUGUGUAAAACCGUCUUCGCCAUCCUGGACGUGGCACUGCUGAGCAAUGCAAAUGAGGAGCACGUGGCCCGUGCAGUGGGCGAGGCGUGCACCCGCCUCCAUCUGGCCGAGGAGAAGGUCUGUCGGCAAAUCGCGGAGCUGUUCAGAGACGACUUCAUCCGCGCGCUGCAGCGCUCGCUGCUGUGGCCGACGGAAGCGUGCGCGCUGCUCGUCGGGCCCUCCUGCGGCAAGUUUGACAUCUACGCGCCGUGGAACAUCACCCUGCCAAAGGUCCCUAAACCUCCUGUGACACCACCGUCUCCUCCAAAACCUGGAUCUCCACAGAGCAGAGUCCUGUUUCUAACGGAUGUCCACUUGGACAAGGAGUAUGAGCCGGGCAGCGCCGCAGACUGUAAGGAUCCUCUGUGCUGCCGUAAAAACUCCAGCGCUCCGCACUGGAGGAGGCGAGAGGCUGGUUACUGGGGGACGUACAGUAAGUGUGACCUUCCUCAGUGGACCCUGGAGAACCUCCUGGAGAACGCUGCCAGAGCCGGACCCUGGGACUGGGUCUACUGGACCGGAGACAUCCCAGCACACAACGUCUGGGCUCAGACCAGGACGCAGCAGCUGUCGUUUUUUGGCCACACACAUCUGGACGAGUUCCAAAUGUUUUACGACGAGGCGACCAUGACACGCCCACUGGGAGUGGCUUUCAUUGCCCCGAGUGUCACGACUUAUAUUAAUCUGAACCCAGGAUAUCGCGUCUACUACAUGGACGGAAACUACCGUGGCAGCUCUCGACUCGUUCUCGACCACGAAACCUACAUCCUCAACCUGACGGAGGCAAACUCCCCCGGAGGCUCACCUGCCGGCCCCGAGCCGCACCCUACAUGGACACUGCUGUACCGCGCCACUGAAGCCUACGGUAUUUCCACUCUGUUUCCCUCCGAUUACAACAGGCUGGUGAGGACCUUUAUUAACGACGACCGGGUCUUCGGAAAGUUCUGGUACUACAGGCACAAAGGACACGUGUCUGAACCCUGCAUGGAGACCUGCAAAACCACAAUGAUUUGCUUUCUGCUGAGCGGGCGCUACGACGAGCUGGAGCAGUGUGAUCUCCUCAAUGGUUUUGAAGGACACAUGGCCAAAGCUGCCCGGAACACUCUGUGUUAACGUGAAGCGUGUUUGGACUGAGGAGAAGCAGCUCCACCAAAUAUGUGCAAAUGUCUUGUUUCUAAUUAGGGAAACAAGACUUUUACAGUUUAUGUUGAUUUCAUAAACGAUGAAAGUGCGUCUCGGUCAACAGAUCACGUUCAUCGUGCUCAGCGCUGACGCGUUUACAUGAGACCACGGAGAUGAAGUGGUUCGUUCAGUCCGACCGCGCUGGUGUCUUUAAUCUGAACCUUUUACAAUAAUCAGAAUGCAUGAGCAAUGAGUUAUUGUCAGUGUUAUUGUCAAGAUUUUAGGAAAGUUUCAUGUGCGAUCUUGGGUUUUGUGAAAGGCGCUUUAUAAAUCCAAGUUAUUAUUAUAAUUAUUAUUUAAAUGGUGACGUUUUAGAGUUUUUUUUGAUUGAAUCAGGACUUGAGGUUUUGCUUCGUUGUUGUUCAUCGUCGGCCUCAGCAAGGAAAGAUUUCACCUAAAAUAGGACGCCUGUUUCCAGUUUUACUUCUGCACUUUUCUCUUUGUCAGCUCGCUAAUUUGGAGGUUUAAUAGAGAUGGAGUUAGACACAGAAUGUGAAGAUUCUCAGGUCGUGAUCGACGUGGCCUUUGGUGUGUACAAUAAUUUAAAGAUUGUAUAUAUAUGAUGAAAUGAUUAAAAUGAAGAAUCAUCACAA